GCGCCGCCUGGGAAAAUUCGUACAAAAAUGCAUAAACAAACAGGUUGCCGACGGCCGGCACAUACAAAGCUCCAAACAAUGGCGCAUCAAAGCUUGACUGCAAAUGGCAACAGCAGCCAGCAGCUGGUCAACAGAGUCCAAAGAGCAUGGGCCCGAAGCCUCACUGACCGAGCUCACCACCAGCUGUGGACCAUGGCCGUCGGUCUCGUCGAUGCUGCCGGCAGCGGCGGCGGCGAUGAUCGGCAGUACGGCGGGAGGAUCACCUUGUUCGUGGUGCUGUCCUGUGUCACGGCGGCCUUGGGCGGCGCCAUCUUCGGCUACGACCUCGGGACCUCAGGCGGCGUGUCAUCCAUGGGGCCGUUCCUCAGGGAGUUCUUCCCGGACGUGUACCGGCGGAUGCACGGCGACGUGCGCGUCAGCAACUACUGCAAGUUCGACAGCCAGCUGUUGACGCUCUUCACCUCGUCGCUGUACAUCGCCGGCCUGCUCACCGCGAUGCUCCUCUCGUCGUGGUUCACGGCCAGGCGCGGGCGCCGGCCGUCCAUGAUCGUCGGCGGGGUGGCGUUCCUCGCCGGCGCGGCGGUCAGCGGCGGCGCCGUGAACGUAUACAUGGCCAUCCUCGGCAGGGCGCUGCUCGGCGUCGGUCUUGGCUUCGCCAAUCAGGCAGUGCUUUUGUACCUGUCUGAAAUGGCCCCUGCACGAUUCCGAGGAGCAUUCAGCAACGGCUUCCAGCUCACCCUGUGUCUGGGAUCUCUCGCCGCGAACGUCAUCAACUACGGCGCCGACAAGCUCACCGGCGGCUGGGGCUGGAGGCUGUCGCUGGGCCUGGCCGGCGUCCCCGCCGCGUUCUUCACGCUGGGCGCCGUCUUCCUGCCGGAGACGCCCAACAGCCUCGUGCAGCAGGGCGCGGACCGCGGCAAGGUGCGAGCGCUGCUGCAGAGGAUCAGAGGCACCGACGCCGUCGACGCCGAACUCGACGACAUCGUCGCGGCGAGCGGCGCCGGCGGCGAUGGCCUCCGGCUGAUCCUCUCGCAGCCAAGGUACCGGCCGCAGCUCGCGAUCGCCGUGCUGAUGCCGGCGUUCACGCAGCUCACCGGGAUCAACGCCGUCGGGUUCUACGCGCCGGUGCUGCUCCGCACGGUCGGCAUGGGCGAGAGCCUGGCCCUGCUCUCGACGAUCAUCACGGUGGCGAUCUACACGGCGUCGACGGUGGUGUUCAUGUUCGCCAUCGACCGGUUCGGGCGGCGCACGCUGCUCAUCGCCGGCAGCCUCCAGAUGCUGGCCUCCGAGCUGCUGAUCGGCGCCAUCUUGGCGGUGGAGCUCGGCGACGAGGGCGGCAUGAGCCGGGGCUACGCGGCGGCGCUGUUCGUGCUCAUCGGCGUGUACGUGGCAGGCUACAGCUGGUCGUGGGGCCCCAUGACGUGGCUGGUGCCCACCGAGGUGUUCCCGCUGGAGAUCCGGUCGGCAGGCCAGAGCGUGACGGUGGCGUCCGGGUUCGUGUUCACCAUCUUCGUCGCGCAGGGGUUCCUCGCCAUGCUGUGCCGGAUGAGGGCGUGGCUCUUCUUCUUCUUCGCCGGCUGGAUCGUGGUGAUGACGGGCUUCGUGUACCUGUUCUUGCCGGAGACGAAGGGGAUGCCCAUCGAGCAGGUCGGCAAGGUGUGGAGGGAGCACUGGUUCUGGGGGAGGGUUGUGGGUGUGGAUGAAUCGCAGGCAAGCGACAAGCUGUGAAAAAAACUCUAGCUAGAUGAACAGUACAAACUCUGGGCUGUGCAAAUUCAUCUGGGUUGUAGAUCGGAGGGCCAGGAAAGAGCUAAUGCAUUCUGGUGUUCAUCUCACAUGAAGAAUUCAUUAAGCUCUUACAGAAACUGCAUGAGUUGUCCAACUAGCCACAAGAAUCUGCUGAUUGUAGUAUUCAAACUGGAUAUAUAGACAGAGAUAUCAUAAUGCAUCAUCAAA